AAAAGGAAAAAGUGCAAAAGAAGAGAAAGGAAAAGAGGGGGAAAAAAAAGAGGUAGGAAGAAAGUAAUCUCUUCUACCCCUCGGCUGCAUCUAGCACAGAAGAGUCUGAAACUUUACGUGGAGUUCUCGCCGUGUUUACCCCGCGGCGGCUGAAUCGGCAGCGCCCGGCUCCCUCGCUCCUGCGCUGUCCUUCUUGCUCCUUCUCUCUCGCACUCAUCAGCAGUCGGCAGCGAUGGAAAAAGUUGCUGGCUGGUACCCAGCCUGGCACAUUGCUCUCCUGUACUGGACAUGGCUUUUCCUCUUCACUUCUGGCUUUACUGGUGCAGAAAUAACUUGCCGAUCCUGCCGUUCCCAGGUGCAGCCGCAGCAGCAGCCGCAGCAGGGAUUACUGAUGCACUUGAGGACCGACAGAGGAGAAAAGGAGCAAAGGAGGUUCCUCGGGGAGAAGGGAGGUGAGAGAGGGCAAGAGGCCGGCACGGAGGAUGCCGGGCAGCAAGCGACCCUCGCUGCUGCUCCGGGGAUGAAAUUCAGCGGCUGGGAGACACGGCGAGUGACGAGGGAGCCAGAGAAAGUGGUCGGGGAGCGCCGUCCCCGAGCAGCGGCGGCGGCUCCGGCCGAGGACCGACCCCUGCAGGGCUCCCCCAGGGCGGGCGGCCGGCCGGGCUCGGUGCGGCGGCGCUGGGGCCGCAGCCCGCGGGGCUCCGCGGGGCCGGGGCCGGGGCCGGGCGGCGCCGCGGGGCGGGAGCCGGGGGACGGCGGCGCCGCCCGCUUCGGGCUGGAGGAGCUGCGGCUGGCCAGCACCACCUUCGCCCUGGCCGGAGACUCGGCGCACAACCAGGCCAUGGUGCACUGGUCCGGCCACAACAGCAGCGUGAUUCUAAUUCUGACAAAGCUCUAUGACUACAACCUGGGAAGCAUCACAGAGAGCUCUCUUUGGAGGUCAACAGAUUAUGGGACAACAUAUGAGAAACUGAAUGAUAAAGUUGGUCUGAAGACUAUUUUGAGCUACUUGUAUGUUUGCCCAACAAACAAACGUAAGAUUAUGCUGUUGACUGAUCCAGAAGUUGAAAGCAGCUUAUUAAUCAGUUCUGAUGAAGGAGCCACCUAUCAAAAAUACCGUCUGAACUUCUACAUCCACAGUCUGCUCUUCCACCCCAAACAGGAAGAUUGGAUCUUAGCCUACAGCCAAGAUCAGAAGUUAUUCAGUUCUGUGGAGUUUGGCAGAAGAUGGCUGCUUCUUCAUGAGGGAGUUACACCAAACAGGUUCUACUGGUCUAUGAUGGGGAAUGGAAGAGAGCCUGACCUUGUGCACCUGGAGGCAAGGACACUGGAUGGUCAUGCCCAGUACAUCACCUGCAAGAUGCAGAACUGCAGUGAAGCCACUCGCAGCAAACCCUUUCCAGGCUACAUUGACCAUAACUCCCUGAUCGUCCAGGGUGAUUAUGUCUUUGUCCAGCUGACAUCAGGAGGAAGACCACAUUAUUACGUUUCUUACAGGAGGAGCCCAUUUGCACAAAUGAAGCUGCCAAAGUACUCCUUGCCCAAGGACAUGCACGUUAUCAGCACAGAUGAGAAUCAGGUGUUUGCAGCUGUUCAAGAGUGGAACCAGAAUGACACGUACAAUCUGUACAUCUCUGACACCCGAGGGAUCUACUUCACCCUGGCCUUGGAAAAUGUCAAGAGUAGUCAAGGGCUGGAGGGGAAUGUGAUGAUUGACCUCUAUGAGGUAGCAGGGAUAAAGGGAAUGUUCUUGGCUAACAAGAAGAUUGACAACCAAGUGAAAACUUUCAUCACCUACAAUAAAGGGAGAGACUGGAGUUUGCUGCAGGCUCCACACACGGAUCUGAGGGGAAAUCCCAUUCACUGUCUCCUACCCUAUUGCUCCCUUCAUCUUCACUUGAAGGUCUCAGACAACCCCUACACCUCAGGAAACAUCGCCAGCAGAGACACUGCCCCCAGUAUUAUUGUAGCUUCAGGUAAUAUAGGCACUGAGCUAUCAGACAAUGACAUCAGCAUGUUUGUUACUUCUGAUGCCGGGAACACUUGGAGGCAGAUCUUUGAGGAAGAGCACAGUGUUCUGUACCUGGAUCAAGGUGGAGUACUCGUUGCCAUGAAACACACAUCUCUGCCUAUCAGACACCUCUGGUUAAGUUUUGAUGAAGGGAGAUCUUGGAGCAAGUACAGUUUCACAUCCCUCCCACUGUUUGUAGAUGGAGUUUUAGGGGAGCCUGGAGAGGAAACCCUCAUCAUGACUGUGUUUGGACAUUUCAGCCACCGCUCAGAGUGGCAGCUGGUGAAAGUAGACUACAAGUCCAUCUUUGAUCGGAGAUGUGCAGAAGAGGACUACAGGCCUUGGCAACUCCAUAGCCAGGGAGAAGCCUGCAUCAUGGGAGCAAAAAGGAUCUACAGGAAGCGCAAGUCAGAGAAGAAAUGCAUGCAAGGGAAAUAUGCUGGGGCUAUGACCUCAGAGCCCUGCGUGUGCACAGAGGCAGACUUUGACUGUGAUUACGGAUAUGAACGCCACAGCAAUGGCCAGUGUUUACCAGCAUUUUGGUAUAACCCAUCCUCCUUGUCAAAAGACUGCAGCCUUGGACAGAGUUACCUCAACAGCACUGGGUACCGGAAGGUUGUUUCCAACAACUGCACGGACGGGGUGCGGGAGCGCUACACGGCCAAGCCCCAGCAGUGCCCGGGCAAACCUCCCCAGGGCCUCCGCAUCGUCACGGCCGACGGCCGGCUCACGGCCGAGCAGGGCCACAACGUCACCUUCCUGGUGCAGCUGGAGGAGGGAGACCUCCAGAGAUCCCUCAUUCAGGUGGAUUUUGGAGACGGCAUCGCUGUGUCAUAUGCCAACCUCAGCUCGACAGAAGAUGGGAUCAAGCACAUCUACCAGAACGUGGGCAUAUUCCGAGUGACCGUGCUGGUGGAAAACAGCCUGGGUUCUGACAGCGCUGUUCUCUACCUGCAUGUAACGUGCCCCUUGGAACACGUCCACUUAUCUCUACCCUUUGUCACCACGAAGAACAAGGAGAUCAAUGCCACAGCAGUGCUGUGGCCAAGCCAAGUGGGAACACUUACUUAUGUCUGGUGGUUUGGGAACAACACAGAGCCACUGAUCACACUGGAAGGGAGCAUCACAUUCACAUUUUCUGUGGAAGGGAUGAACACCAUCACUGUUCAGGUCUCAGCAGGAAACACCAUUCUUCAGGACACAAAGACUAUUGCAGUGUAUGAGAAAUUUCAGUCCUUGAGGUUAUCGUUCUCUCCGAACCUUGAUGACUACAACCCAGAUAUCCCAGAGUGGAGAAGGGACAUCAGCAGAGUUGUCAAGAGAGCUCUGGUGGAGGCUACAGAUAUUUCCAGCAAGCACAUUCUGGUUGCAGUGCUCCCUGGCCUGCCCACAUCUGCUGAACUCUUCAUUUUACCAUAUCAAGAUGGCACAGGAGAAAAAAAAAGAACAGCAGCAAACCUAGAGCAGAUUUCAGAAACGCUGAUCCAGAAACUGAACCAAAACCUGGUCCAUUUUGAGUUGAAGCCAGGAGUUCGAAUCCUUGUCCAUGCUGCCCAUUUAACAGCAGCUCCCCUGGUGGAUCUCACUCCCAGUCACAGUGGUUCAGCCAUGCUGAUGCUCCUCUCUGUUGUUUUUGUGGGACUAGCUGUGUUUGUCAUCUACAAGUUCAAAAGGAAGAUUCCUGGCCUUAAUAUAUAUGCACAGAUGCAGAAUGAAAAAGAUCAAGAGAUGGUCAGUCCAGUCAGUCAGAGGGAAAGCAUACCUAAUGUCCCUCAAAGUGAGCUGAUGAGCCCUGAGCAACUAGUAGAUGAGAAGUUGGAAGUCCACCCCAUAGAGCAACCUCAGGCCACAGUCCAGAACCCAAGGAAAGGAAAUGCAACCAAGGUAGUCUGGACAGAGGACUUCCAAAAAGCUUGUGGAUCACCAAGAGAUUUCAAGCCAAGACCCAGAGCGGAAGUAUUUCCACAGCUGCUGAGCCCCAGAGCACAAAAGAAAUCCCUACCUAUGUAAAUGGUUGAAUUGAGGACACCAACAUCUGCAUCUAAAAAAUGGAGGAGAGUUCACGGCAUUUGGACUUUUUAAUUCUUCGGAUGACAAAGGGUUUUUAGCUUUAAGCCUGUGCAUGUGGACAUUAUACUGAGACCAUAGUGGAACUGCAUUGUACAGGUGUUCAAUUUUAGUGGGGGGUGGGGGGAGAGGAAUUGGUACCACUAUUCACUCCUGUGGCCCUUCCCCACACCCUUUCACUCUCUUUUUUCUGAUCUGUCUCUAAUUUGUAGAAAAUUCAUAAUGAUAUACGCCAAGAAUAUGCAUGGGGAGGUCUCUUCUUUAGGGA